AAAGUUGUAGCAACUACUAGAUUGGUGCGUUGGGAAUAUUCUGGACCCGAUGUCAAGGCAAAACACUUAGCCAAUAUUAGUUUGUCAAUGUCAAGGUCUUUUGUGUAGAAAAUAUACAAGAGCAAACUUUCGUGAGGCUAAAUAACAGUUUAUACACUGGUGUGCUAGCUGUCUAACGAAAACUCGUGAUGGCUUGCAGUUGCACAUUAGCAUUUGUCAGGCGCAACUUUGCUGGACUAGUUAGCCCCUGAGUUAACAGGCUGCACCACUAAAGUACAUCGUUGAUGGUGCCGCUUGCUUGGGACUCGUUCUCCAUCAAUGUUGGAUUUGCAACGUUUUCAGUUGGAAAUAAGGUUGGCAAUAUCAUUAAGGUUUGGUGAAGAGGAACUCGUGGAUGUUAUGGAAAUUUGUUAAGUACAUGUAAACGAUAAAAAAUGGCUGACACUUCGUUCUAGAUUUGAGGGCGCGCAACCUAAGCUGUUCCAUCGACAACACUUCUCUUCACUGCGAUUGGUCAAAGUCUAACCCCAUGCAUGUGUGCAGAGCUUUGAUUGGUUGUCGACAGUGUUAGGCGAGCAAAGUUCUGAAGAAAUUUAGAUACCCAGUUCGAGAGAGAAAUGCGAACAGUUAUCUAGUUGGGCAUGCAUUCAUGGCCUCUGUUCAAUAGUUUGUGGGGUGAUCUCAUGCGUUGAGGUCGUAUUCGUGAAGAAAUAAUGUCGAAUUCUAGAUUGCUUCAGGUCUAACAUUCCUACUGAUCUUGCUAGCAGGCUAACGUUAGUCCCGCCUCCAAGAAUAGCAAAAAUAAAAACACAUUUUGAGUUUGGCCUAGAUCCGAGAAGUGAACUUCAGAUCGUGAAGCCAUCAAAGUGGCAACACUGUGGAUUUAAUAUUAGACCGCAUGUGACAGUGCCAGUUGUGUUGCUUCUUGCUUUAAAGUUUUGCUGUGCAGAAAAAUAGGCGCUCAAAGGCUGGUUUCAUGCAGAUGCGUUGCCAUUAGCUAAACGUCAAAGCUAACCAUCGAUGGGAGUAUAACUAGAUCAAAACCAAAGUUCCCUUGCUACGAUUGGGAAUGACUUGUCUGUAGGUCCAGGCACAGACGGGUGUGUGGUCAGGGGCCCAUGAGAAAGCCACGCAGGAGGGGAAACCCAGCCGGGGGAUUUGGGGGCAGGCAGGGCAGGGGAGAUGGCACAAGAGCAGCAGCAGCAGCAACAACAGCAGGCCGGGGCAGAGGAGGAGGUGGCGGACGGGGCAGGGGUCGGAGCGGCCACCACACCCGGCGGCCUGCAUCCCCACCACCUCCCCCCUCAGCGCCAGCCGCGCACAGCAGCGCCAGCGGCCUCAAGGUGUCCCCGGCGCGGGACACGCUGAGCUACGCCCAGGCCCAGAAGAUUGUGGAGGUGGACCUGGACGGCCGGCUACACCGCAUCAGCAUCUUCGACCCGCUGCCCGUCAUCACCGAGGACGAGAUGACGGCGCAGGACAUUGCAGAGUGCAACAGCAACAAGGAGAACAGCGAGCAGCAGUCGACGGCGGCGCCCACGCUCCCCGUCGUCGCCAGCCCCGGGCGCAAGUCCACGGGGAACCGAGGCCGGCGGAAAGGCGACGGCAACAAGCGCUCGCUAUCGGCCGCGUUCUCGAAAAACAGCGGCUCGCACGCGCAGUCGCACGCGGCGCAGAGCCACCACGGACCUCCGAGCGGGCAGCUCCCAGAGCCCACCUUCCGUCUCCUGGAGGGCUUCUCCCCUCGCGAGACCUCCCCUCUCCCCAACGCCUACGUGCGCUACAUCGAGCGCUCGGCCGAGGAGCUGGAGGCGGAGUCGGAGUACGACAUGGACGAGGAGGACCUGGCCUGGCUGGAGAUGGUGAACACGCGGCGCCAAUCGGACGGCCAGGGCACCGUGUGUCCAGACACCUUCGAGCUGCUGAUGGACCGGCUGGAGAAGGAGUCCUUCCUGGAGGCGCGCAGCCAGGCGCAGCUGCACCAGCAGCAGCAGGGCGGCGGCAUCGACGACGACGCCUUCUGCUGCGUCUGCCUGGACGACGAGUGCCUCAACAGCAACGUCAUCCUCUUCUGCGACAUCUGCAAUCUCGCCGUGCACCAGGAGUGCUACGGCGUCCCCUACAUCCCCGAGGGUCAGUGGCUGUGCCGCUGCUGCCUGCAGUCGCCCUCGCGCCCCAUCGACUGUGUCCUCUGCCCAAACCGCGGCGGCGCCUUCAAGCAGACCAGCGACGGGCGCUGGGCGCAUGUGGUCUGCGCCAUCUGGAUCCCGGAGGUCUGCUUCGCCAACACCGUCUUCCUGGAGCCCGUGGAGGGCGUGGCAAACAUCCCGCCGGCCCGCUGGAAGCUCACCUGUUACCUGUGUAAGCAGAAGGGGAGGGGGGCGUCCAUCCAGUGCCACAAGGCGAACUGCUACACCGCCUUCCACGUCACCUGUGCCCAGCGUGCGGGGCUCUUCAUGAAGAUCGACCCCGUCAGAGAGACCACGGUCAAUGGCACCACGUUCACGGUCAAGAAGACGGCGUUCUGCGAGGCGCACUCGCCGCCCGCGCCCGAGGGACAGACGUCGGACGACGAGGAGUCGGGGAGGGUGCUGGGUAACCGGGCGAAGCGAGGGUGCAGCGCCUACACACAGUCGCCACACCUGAAGCAGAAGAAAGGGGGGAGGAAGGGGAGAAGGCAGGAGGAAGAGGAGGAGGAGAAGAACAAUAAGAAGAAGAAAGGGAAAAAGAAUCAGGAGGUGGCAUCGAAGAAGGUGGCUACUCCGCUAGUCACUGUGCCACAAAUACCCAUCCAAAGGUUGAACAAAGUAUGCAAAGGAAUCAUCAUUCAGAGGAAGAACCAGUUCCUGCAGAGGCUCCACAACUAUUGGUUACUGAAGCGCCAGGCACGCAACGGGGUGCCUCUGAUUCGUCGACUGCACUCCAACCUGCAGGCCCAGAGGAAUUCAGAAUUGAAGGAGCCAGAUGAGAAGGUGAGCGCUGUGCGGGAGGAGAGGAUGUUCUGGCAGAAGCUCCGUCACGACCUGGAGAGGGCCAGGCUUCUGGUGGAACUCAUACGCAAGAGGGAGAAGCUAAAGAGGGAACAGCUGAAGGCCCAGCAGGCAGCUAUGGAGAUGCAGCUGACCCCCUCCCUCAUGCUGCUGCGCUCUACUCUGGACCAGCUGCAGAAGAAGGACACCGCCGGCAUCUUCACAGAGCCCGUCAACCUCAAGGAGGUGCCAGACUACCUGGAGUUCAUCAGCACGCCCAUGGACUUCUCCACCAUGGAGACCAAGCUGGAGGCCCACCGCUACCACACCAUCCCCGACCUGGAGGCCGACUUCAACCUCAUGAUCUCCAACUGCCUGACCUACAACGCCAAGGACACCGUCUUCCACCGGGCCGCAGUACGCCUCCGGGACCUGGGGGGCGCCAUACUGAGGCAGGCGCAGAGGCAGGCCCAGAACGCCGGCCUGGACCCCGACACAGGCAUGCACCUGCUGGAGUCGCCCCAGAAGACAGACUUCUACCGCUGCACCUACGAGGACGUGGACUCUCUGCUGGAGCCGGAGAACCGCGUCCACAUGUCAGCAGAGGAGCAGCUGCGAGAGCUGCUGGAGAAGCUGGACAUGGUGACGUCCAUGCGUUGCAGCGGGGCACGCACCCGCCGCAUCCGCCUGCUGCGGAGAGAGAUCCACAACGUACGCUUCCAGCGCCACACGCACAACGGAGAGGUGAAGGAGGAAGACGACGAGGAGGAGGAUGAAGAGGAGCUGGAGGAGGACGAGGAGAAGGAGAAGGAGGGACAUCAGGCGGGAUCCGAUAAAGAGGAUCUCAAGUCGACGCCCCCUCCCAUCCUGGAGCCGUCGGGAUUGGCCCCCUCCCCUCUGCGGGAUGAUGCCCCCCAGGACCCGCCCACCCUGCGGCCCAUGACCACGCCCACCACCGCGGAACCUCGGACCCCGAGCCGUUCAUGCAAGCGCCUGAAGCUGAGCAGCGAGAGCUCAGACACGCCUGUCACGUCGUCGCCCCCCACCCUGCCUCCAACCCUCACCAAGAACUGCACCAAAGAGGAGGAGCCUCUCCCUCCCCCAGCACCUGCCCCUCAGCUCCCUCCGGCCCCCAAAACACCCCCGCCGCCACAGAUCGCCAGCCCCGGAUUGGUUAACGGUGUCUCGUCGCCUGAGACGCCUACACCGCCAAGGAUGACCAUGGGCGUGGGCAGACGGACUUCUGUUCUCUUCAAAAAGGCCAAAAACGGAGCCAAGCUGCAGAAGGAGAAGGAGAAGGAGAAAGAGAAAGAGGAGAAAGACAAGGAGGAGAAGGAGAAAGACAAUCAACUGCUGAACGGAGGUGUGGACUCAGCCACCAAGCCCCCGAAUUGCCUUCCAAGCCCUGCUGCUGUCACCCCCACGCCUGUCCCAGACCCGGCACCCCCUGUCCUGGAACAGGCCGAGACCGAGCCCCAGCGUCCCCCCACACCCCCUCCCCCGUCCCUGAAGAGACAGACGCGGAGCAGCAGUCCCCAACGCCAUCGAGAUCCAGAGACCUCACCUCACCGCACAACUGAGGCAGGUCUCACAAAUGGUUUCAAAAAGCACAAAGAUGGCGACGGGUCAGAUUCUGAAUCAAGCUCGUCUCCAACGAUACCAAGAGAACUAGCGUCGCCACCCAAGAAGAGUCGAGGGAAGCCUGCCCUGUCCAAAGUGCCCUUCCUGGAGACGGUCAACGGGGACGCAGACUACACUGGAUCAGGUGGUGAUGUGUUGGCCACUGAAAACGAUGGUGAACUUGAGCCUCUGGACUUGGUGUGGGCAAAGUGUCGAGGCUACCCCUCUUACCCUGCACUGAUCAUUGACCCCGACAUGCCCCAGGAGGGCAUGCUGUAUAACGGGGUGCCCAUCCCCGUGCCCCCCAUGCAGGUGCUGAACCUGGGGGAGACGCGGCAGGAGGAGGCCGGGGAGCGGCUCUACCUGGUGCUCUUCUUCGACAACAAGAGGACAUGGCAGUGGUUGCCGCGUGACAAGCUGACGGCGCUGGGCGUGGACGACACGGCGGACAAGUUGCGCAUGAUGGAGGGCCGCAAGACCAGCAUCAGGAAGUCCGUCCAGAUGGCCUACGACCGCGCCAUGAUGCACCAGAGCCGCGUCUGCGGAGAUCACGGCUUCGUCGCCUCCAAUUACCUAUAGUACAACUCACUCUAGGGCUUCUAGAAGGCUCAGGACGUUCGGAAACCUUCUAAGAGUUCUAGAAUGCCCUCGGAAGCACAGCACAAUGGAGCAGAACACAAUGCAGCACAGCACAGUAGAGUGAAGCAGAGCGUAGUGCUUCUACUUCCCACAGACAAACCGUUAGCCAUAGCUGCUGCCAUGGGUCCCAGCUCCCAGUGUUUCAAACAAACAAUCUAUCAAGAAAGAUGAGAAUGAUGUUGCCAACAUGCCUUUACUGCAUCCCUCCGUUUUUCUUUUUCUUCUCUUUUUUUCCCGUAUGGAUUGAAUUGAAUGGAUUCUUAUGUGGUCAUGAGGGACUGUCCACUCAGCCAAAGUCAUGGUGGUUGGAUUGAAAUAAUAGGGGAUGCUGGUGUUUUUUUAUGGACGGUUGCGUCUUGCUUUUAUUUUAUUUGACAUUUUUCUUCGAGCAUUCAUUCACGUCUGUGGGGUGCACGAUGAUCAGGUCUGAAAUGAAAUGUGGAGCAGUAGCCGUUUGUUGUUUUGUUGGUCCUAGAUGGCCCCCGUUUUUUUAAAGAAAAGUUUGGACAAUGAGAAUCGCCUGAACAUCGAAAGGAUCACUGCCAUUUUCUUAUUCUAGCUUUUUACUUUUUGACGUUUCACUAAAAAAGAGAAACCACUUUGUAUAUUGUAAAGACACUCAUGUAAAUACGUCUGUUUGUACCAUAUCAGAUCUAAUUUAAUUUUUGCGCUCGUUUUUUGCAAAUCAAAUUCAGUCAUCUGAAGGUAUGAAGAAGUCAAGAGAUAUUGUACAUAUGUGUAAAGAAUCUUAAUUAACUGAUUUGCUACAAAGUGUAUUUUAGCUUGUCUGUCAGUUUGUGUGUGCAUAUGCACAUUUCUACAUGUACACCUGGUAUGUGUAUCUGCACCAGCGCGCACACAAGUCUAUGGGCGAAAUAUCUAUUCUCUCUCUUUUCCUUUUUUGAUACACAGAAAUGUAAUUUAUUUAUGGACCGUUUAAAAAAAAGAGAAAUAGAGAAAUGAAAUUAUAUAUUGGUUUUUUGAAAGAUUUGAAAUAAAAAUUGUUAUUUAAGAUAAACUAUUGAAUAGGGUUAUAAAGACAUACCAACCAAGGUGAGAGGUUGUGAGGUAGUGAUGCUAAGAUUUUUUUUAAAAGAGUAAUAUGGUAGGGUCUCCAAUUGUGUGUUUUCCCCCCACAUCCAUUAUAAAGUCUACCCCCAGAAACAUAGAGAUAUGUAUUUAUUGUAGAAAGAGUUCUUGUUCCUGUUUCUACAGUGAAGCUUCGGAGCAAUUUUAUGCUUGUACAAACAGCAGAUUUUACCUACUUGCCAAAUAACCGGUCAAACAGUAUUUUCUCAUGUUGAGGGAAAUAAAUGUUAUAUUGAAACUA